GAAGGCGCGGGGCUGGAGGCGUGCGCUGCCUGCAGUCCCACGUCGGAGAGCAGUGCCCCAGGCUGCAAGCGGCACCGAGAUGUUGCGCGGCGGCGAAGUCCGCACUGGGACAACCAUCAUGGCAGUGGAGUUUGACGGAGGUGUUGUGGUGGGUUCUGAUUCCCGAGUGUCUGCAGGAGAGGCGGUGGUAAACCGAGUGUUUGACAAGCUGUCCCCGCUGCACCAACACAUCUUCUGUGCGCUCUCUGGUUCAGCUGCUGAUGCCCAAGCCAUGGUUGACAUGGCCGCCUACCAACUGGAACUCCACGGGUUGGAACUGGAAGAACCUCCUCUUGUUCUUGCUGCUGCCAACGUGGUGAGGAAUAUCAGUUAUAAGUAUCGGGAGGACCUGUCUGCGCAUCUCAUAGUAGCCGGCUGGGACCGACGGGACGGGGGCCAGGUGUAUGGAACCCUGGGAGGAAUGCUGACUCGGCAACCCUUCACCAUCGGUGGCUCUGGGAGCACCUAUAUCUAUGGUUAUGUGGAUGCAGCUUAUAAACCAGGCAUGUCCGCUGAGGAGUGCAGGAGCUUCACCACGAAUGCUAUCGCUCUGGCCAUGAACCGGGAUGGCUCUAGCGGGGGCGUCAUCUACCUGGUCACUAUUACAGCUGCUGGUGUGGACCAUCAAGUAAUCUUGGGUGAUGAGCUGCCGAAAUUCUAUGACGAGUGAAUCUUCCUCAGACCUCCCUUCGUCAUUUUGUAAUAAACUCUUUCAGACCAGAACCCCGUAUGAUCAAUGGAAAAUGGGUGCUCAGGGAGAUAAAGCUUAGGUGACUGGGGUGAGGUGAGGGGAGGGGGCUCCUUCCCUCCCAGAUAUCAGAUACCUUUUCCCUGCUGUGUUCAUUCACAUUAGAGGUCAAUACGUGAUGAGUGCGUAAAAUUUCAGGAUUUGUGAGUUUCAAAGAAUAAUAACAACAAUGAAAACAUUGGGCAAGGCAUUAGUUACAUGCUUAUAAGCUUUCUCUUUUAUGACCCAAACAAAAAACCUUCAUACAUUAGACUACUAUGUCUAUUUACGGACAGAUGGAGGCUUAGAAAAAGUAAGUUCCUUAACCAAAAUCAUAGCAAAUUCAAAAACUGAAAAAUGGGAUUUAGCUUUUUUUUUUU